ACCAGAAUCGCCUUCGGUCCGGUCGCCAAGAUGGCGUCCUCCGCCUCUGCUCGUACUCCGGCGGGGAAGCGAGUGGUGAAUCAGGAAGAACUGAGGCGGCUGAUGAAGGAGAAGCAGCGUCUGAGCGCCAACCGGAAACGGAUAGAAUCUCCAUUCGCAAAGUACAACCGUUUGGGGCAACUGAGUUGUUCCCUGUGUAACACUCCGGUUAAGAGCGAGCUUCUGUGGCAGACUCACGUCCUGGGAAAGCAGCACCGAGAGAAAGUUGCCGAACUGAAAGGCGCGAAGGAAGCCGCUCAGGGUCCUUCCGCCAGCUCAGCGCCUCAGUUCGCCAAGAGGAAGGCGCCGGACGCAGACGGCCAAGAUGCCAAGAGAGCGAAGCCCUCCUCGGUUCCUCAGGUACAGCCCUCCGCGUCCGCUUUGCCCACUAACUUUGACAAAACAGGAAAGGAGUCCACUAGGGCGACCUCCAGUAAGCCUUCGGGACUCGGUUUACUCCCCGAUUAUGAAGAUGAGGACGAGGACGAGGAGGAGGAGGAGGGAGGAGAAAGAAAAAGGGGGGACGCCAGCAAUCAGCCGCCGGAUGCGCAGGGCAAGGACCAUUCGCUUUCUUCCUCGCGGGAGGUAACAAAUAGCGUGCUACCAGACGACUUUUUUAGCACAAAUCCUCCCAAAGCCCCCUUAAUUCCUCAUUCAGGGUCAAUUGAGAAAGCAGAAAUACAUGAAAAAGUAGUGGAAAGGAGAGAAAACACCGCGGAAGCUUUGCCGGAAGGAUUUUUUGACGACCCUGAGGUCGAUGCAAAGGUACGAAAGGUUGAUGCUCCAAAGGAUCAGAUGGACAAAGAGUGGGACGAAUUUCAAAAAGCCAUGAGGCAGGUCAACACUAUUUCCGAAGCCAUAGUUGCCGAAGAGGAUGAGGAGGGACGGUUGGACCGCCAGAUUGGGGAAAUCGAUGAGCAGAUAGAGUGUUACCGUCGGGUGGAAAAGCUGCGGAAUCGCCAGGAUGAAAUAAAAAAUAAGGUUAAACAGAUUUUGACCAUAAAAGAACUGCAGAAAAAGGAGGAGGAGAAUGCUGACAGCGAUGAUGAGGGAGAACUGCAGGAUUUGUUGUCUCAGGAUUGGAGGGUGAAAGGGGCUUUGUUAUAAGGUUUUAAAGACCCAAGAUUUUGAUUUUUUAACAGUUUCUGCUAUUGCAUAAAAAGUGCUGUCUCUCAGUAUAUCGGUUACUUCAUGCCUAGAGAUUUGGGUGUCUAACUGUGUCGUUGAGAUAAAAUGAACCAGUGAACUACAGCACUUUGGAAAAUUGGUGUGAAAUAUUUUUUGACAUAAGGUUGUUUUUGAAAUUUUUGAAGUGUUACAUAACAAAAUGCCAACUUUUCCACACGUUAACAUGUUUGUAUAAUUUUGAGUUACAAAUACUGUACAUAGUGAAAUAUAUAUUUACUUAAGUAAUUGUUUUGGAAGUUUUUAAUUAAUAGAAGUUAGACCAACAGGCAUUUAGAUUAAUACUCAGUGUACUAUUUGGGGUGUAUAUGUACCACUAAAUCAAACUCAAAAGGUUGGUUUUCUUUUUUGUUUAUUUAGAACACUACUCAAACACAUAAGUCACUGUAGGUUAAUCAGUUCUCUGAGUAUUCUGUUUUCAAAAACAUGCUUUAGUAGAACAUCAAGAAAAAUACAUGCCAAACAUGACCAGCCUCCUUAAACCAAAAUUUGCCUUGACUAGACCAGUGCUUGUCAGAUGUAGGUGCACAUGAGAAUCCCCUAUGAAGCUUUAAAAAAAAUUAAGGUGCCUGAGGCCUUACCUUUCAAUAAAUCUGGGUUGGGGCCUAGGCAGCUAUAUUAUUUUUGAAAGCUCCCAGGUUAUUCUGAUGUAUGCCAGAGUUGGGGAGUAAAUGCCAUAAAUCCAGAACCCAUUUAUAUCUUUUUGGGCCUUGCUUUUUCUUUAAAUAAUACAUUCAACAAACUUACUGUUUCUUGAAUAAAAAAAAAAAUUACCUUUUA